AUAUUGAUAAUAUGGAUUUACCGCUGAGAAACCCUAAUCUCUGAUUCGCUUCGUUUCUUCGAAACCUCUAUUGUCUUCCGAGUAAGGAGCAACAAUGGUGGCGGUGAAGAAGACGAAGAAGACUCAUGAGAGCAUCAACAACAGACUCGCACUCGUGAUGAAGAGCGGAAAGUACACGCUUGGAUACAAAACCGUUCUUCGGACCCUAAGAACCUCGAAAGCAAAACUGAUAAUUAUUUCAAACAAUUACCCACCUCUGCGGAAGUCCGAGAUUGAGUACUAUGCAAUGCUUGCCAAGGUUGGCGUCCACCAUUUCAAUGGAAACAAUGUUGACCUGGGCACAGCUUGUGGAAAAUAUUACCGUGUGUCAUGCCUCAGCAUUAUUGAUCCAGGCGAUUCUGAUAUCAUCAAAACAUUGCCUGGUGAGCAGUGAGAGUAGUAGGGGAUGGAUCCCUUUGUCAUUUCCAACCAGAUAGGAUGGUCAUGCUUAUUGGAGUAUUUUUUAUUAGAUAAUUUGUUGAAGUGCGGUUUCUCAUGUUUCCUUUGAGAAACAGUUUGGUGAAUGAGAAAGGUUCUUGUAUAUUACCAAUUUUGGCUAGUGGAUUUGGAAAUCUGUGUUGAGACAUGAUUAUGGUAUUUCAACUAAGCUCCAUGUCGCCUCUUA